AUGCCGAGCAGUAUCAAUACCACCACCACCACCACCGCCCAUCCUUCACACGACGGAGGAGGCUCCUCGCCCGUCGCACCCGCAUACAGCCCCAUCACUCCCAAAGUGCAGCCCGCCUUGCCGGCCAAUGGGCACACUUUUGCGCCUCCACCCGAUAACGGCGGCACCUUCAACUUCACCCCACCAGCACAGCAAGACAACAAGCCCCCUAUCGCCCCCACCCAGUAUAUCAAACAGCCACCAAACCAGCCAUUCUCCGGCGACGAUGCGACGGACGCAAUAGCACUCCGCGCAGCCAUCUCGACCCUCCAAAUCCAGAAGAAGAAGGCGCAAGAUGACCUGCAAACAUUAUCGGACAUCAAAAAGCUGGCUCUCGAGAACCCGCACAUGUUCAAGAGUGAGCUGGCCGCCGGCAGGCUGAAAGAGCAGACGCCCAAGAUCGGCGACUUUCAAGCGAUUCUGGACGAGACGGAUGAAGAUGAAUCCCAUGCGCCGGACAAGAUGGUCCUGGACUCGAGUGAGCCUUUUCCACGCAUACCCGGUCCUCAGAACGUCGUGAGGACACCUCACAUCAAUUGGGACAAGUACCACGUUGUCGGCGCGCCGCUAGAGAGCAUGCACGAGCAGCAACAGCGAUGGCCUGGUCUCACUUACAAUACGUUCGACAGAGGGAGGGAACAUACCGUCGCUGCACCCUACAGCCCUUUCCUCGAUAAACUGGACGAUCAACGGCCAUCAAGAGAUACGCACCCAGCUCAUGAGGUACGCAAAGACUCAGCUGCUCAGCACAAUGCUGGUGGUAGUCCCACUGAGCAUCCAAAGGGACGGCGGUAG